AUGUUUAUUCGCUUACGUAACUAUGCAACAUUUUUUAUGAAAAGAGCGCGCCGUCACUUUUAUACUAACUUUAUAGCGGAAAACAGUAACGAUCAGGGUAAACUCUUCCGAGCCGCAAAGUCGCUUUUUGUUCAGAAAUCAGAAUUGACGUUUCCUGACUAUCGUAAUUCUUCUGCCCUAGCCAAUGAUAUUGGAGAGUACUUUGUGCGCAAGAUCGACCGUGUACGCUCUGAACUUGAUUCUGUUAAUCCUACUGAAGACUUUACCUCGUGUACUGUCUCACACUCCGUCACCCCCAUUGAUAGUUUUAACAAACUUGAUAAGAAAGAUGUGAGGGAACUUAUCGCUGAAUCAAGUAAGAAGUCGUGCUCUUUAGACCCCAUGCCCACACCCCUGGUAUUAGAGUGCUCGGAUGUUCUUCUCCCCAGCAUCACGAGGAUGAUCAAUCUGUCACUUGAGGUGGGGACAUUCCCAGAACCCUGGAAGUUGGCCGAUGUCCAUCCGCGCCUCAAGAAGCCUGGUGCUGAAUCUGCAUUUAUGAACUUGCGUCCGAUAAGCAAUUUAACAUUUGUCUCUAAACUUACGGAAAGAGCUGCAUUUAACCAAAUUAACCAACACUGUUUGGAAAACAACCUUUAUCCAAAGAAUCAGUCCUCCUAUCGUAAGCUUCACAGUACCGAAACCGCUCUUCUUCGAGUAAAGAACGAUAUACUGACUAGCAUGAACAAACAGCAUGUCGUAUUACUUGUAUUGUUAGAUUUGAGCUCGGCCUUUGACACUGUCGAUCACACUAUCCUCCUUAAUCGACUCAAUUCAACUUUUGGUAUUACGGGCUCUGCUCAUAAGUGGUUUAAUUCAUACCUUACCAGGCGCAGCCAAUUUGUUACGGUAAAUGGAACAACGUCAAAGACAUUUGAUUUGCAGUACGGGGUACCGCAAGGUUCAUGUCUGGGUCCUCUGCUCUUUAUUUUAUACGCAAGCAGAUUAUUUGAUAUACUUGAAAGUCACCUCCCCAAUUCUCACAUGUACGCAGAUGAUACACAACUCUACCUCGCAUUUAAACCCGACGAUGCCAUGA